UUCUGCCGCGGGCCAAUUUGCCGUUACCGAUUUGCCCCAGCCCAAUUUAUACCUAUUAAAUUUUAUCACAGAAGCAUGCACUUCCUGAAAACACUUGGUUCCAAUAUAUUGAUCCUUGGUGAUGGAAAUCUUACGUUUUCACUCUCGCUUUCGCGUAUCUUUCCUGAUAAAUACAUAAUAGCGACCGUUUAUGAAGAAGAAAGUGAAUGGAGGAAAAAAUAUGCUGACUUUGAUGCUGAUGUACUUGAUAAAAUUAAAAAUGAAUGCAAAAAUACAAAAGUUGUUUUCAAAGUUGACGCAUUAGACUUUGAAAAGGUAUCCACGAAAACGGAAUUCACUGAUAUAAUAUUCAAUUUUCCACAUUACGGCGGGAAAACAAAUUUGAGGAAAUGUCGUCUACUUCUUCGGAAGAUUUUUGAAUCUGUGGCGAGAAAUUUGAUGGCCUCAGAGCCGCGUUCUAGUCGCUUUCAUGUUACGCUUGCCCCAGGUCAAUCUGGAAUAGAAGCUACUGAUCUAAUUUACACUAAUGUGCCGCCAAAACAUAAUAAGUUUAUUGAGUCAAGCUUCGUUCCUUCUAGAACUAUUGAUCACCCUGUUUUUCAUCAGUUUCGGCCUGUCUUUCAAUAUCACAUAUCUAUUAUUUUUGGCUCAUCACACAAUUGGCAGGAUAUUGAAAAGACGGAGGGACAUCUAUUCAGUUUAAUGGGUCAUUGUGCAGGCCCUUUGCUUGUUAGUGUUUGUGAACUUGCUGAUAGACGCUGCACCGCUCCAGGAGAUUUACACAAUCGUAUCUAUUGUGUAAAAUAUCAAGGCAUAGUUCUGCCACUAUGCAGGACUUUGGGAAAUGCAUUGCAUGAUGAAUUUUGUUCACAUUUGAAUAGAUACUUUGAAGAAGGAAAUUAUGAUUUGCGUGUUUCAUGA